UAGAUUUUUUUCUGUGUUGGUAUAGCCUGGUGUUUGACAUUUUCCUUACAUGACCCCAAAUGCCCUUUCUCUGACAUAUAUACCAGCUACCAAGGAGGGCCAGGCAAACAGGCAUUAAGUGCUGGAGGCAAGGAUCCCAACCUGCAAGGUGGCAUGUGGAUCCCUGGGUAGAAUGAGGCAUCAGGAGAGGCAAGGGUAGCACCUAAACUUCUUGUUGUAUGCUGUUGAGUUGAUUCCAACCUUAUAGGACAGAGUAGAAUUGUCCCACAGGGUUUCCUGGGCUGUAAUCUUUGUAGGAGCAGAUCACCAGGUCUUUUCUUCUGUGGAGUGGUGAGUUUGAACUGCUAACCUUUGGUUAGCUGCCGAGUGCUUAACCACUGUGCCACCAGGAGAGGUAAGGGUAGGGCCUGGACUAGAAAGGUCCUCUAGGGCAGUGGUUCUCCAAGUGUGAUCAUUGGACCAGCAGCAUCAGCAUCACCUAGGAACUUGUUUGAAAUGCAAAUUUUGAAGCCCUACCCCAGACCUACUAAAUCAGAGACUCUAGGAGUGGGGCCCAGCAAUUUGUUCUAACAAGUCCUCCAGGGGAUUGAGGUCCACUGCACUAAGUCAUUCACAGAGUGGGCUGGUCUCCUAGAAGGGAGAAAUCAAUUGGGAGCCCUCCUUCUCUGCCUUUCUGACAGGCAGUCUGGAGGAUUGGCAAAAGAAAAGCUUAAAGUAGUCUGCAGAUUCAUAUCUGCUUCACUACCUACUAACUGGGUGACUAAUUGGUCAACCUCACAGGUUAUCUUCAGUAAAAAUGGGAAUGAUGAUUCUUACCUUGGAGAGCUGUAGAAAUUGAGAUUGUAGGAGAAAGCCCCUCACCCAAUGUCUGGCAGAUUUUCAACAAAUGCAAGUUCCCUUUCCUCUCUCCUUGGAGUCCCUGGGUGGUGCAAAUGGUUAAGCGCUUGACUACUAACCUAAAGGUUGGUGGUUCGAAUCUACCCAGAGGUGCCUCAGAAGAAAGACCUGGUGAUCUACUUCUGAACCAUCACAACCUUAAAACCUUAUGGAGCCCAUUUCUGCUCUGAAACACACGGGGUCACCAUGAGUCGGAAUUGACUAAUGGCAACUGGUUUGGUUUUUAUUCCCUCCCUCCUUACCUCCCUCUUUUCCUUUCUUACUCCCUCUCUCCCCUCCUUCCUCCUUUCUUCCAUUUUUACUUUUCUUGCCCCUGCAAGGGCCCACUAAUCACUACAAGUUAGUUGUAGACACAUGCCUUAUCAUUAUGAUGAGACCAGCCCUAGCCAUUAAACUCCCAAUGCCUCCAGGGUAUGGUGAUCAUAUUUCUAGUUAAAAAUCAGAGCAUAUGGGUCUGAUAACAGAUAUACCUAUUUGUGGGAUCAGUGGAAUAGAAUAUUUGAAAUCAGGACUGUCUUGGGAAAUCAGGAUAAGAAGAAAUAUGAUCCCAUCCCUUCUUUUGGCAUCUCUCCCCCUCUUCUUACUUAUGCCCAAAAAUGUCUUUGGUGUGAGGGUAGGGAACACUGUGUACCCCACUCACUGGCAAUCUGAGUAAGAACCAACUUAUAUUUGGUGCUGCAUCUAAAAUGUCCUGCGGAUUGGCAAUUAUUUUGUUAGAAGUCAUGGUGGCACUGCCCUAUGGUCAAGAGCUAUUUGGGCACCUUUUUGUAGUAAACCGGCACCACCUCCUGAAUUUUUGUUGGGCUUUCAGGAUGAAGGGAUGGGCACAGUUGGAAGUUAGGGCUUUGGUUGGGAGUGGAGGUGGGGGGUGAUGUGUGUGAACCUGUUUGGGAAUAGAGAAUUUAGCCCCUAAUAUACAAAAAAAAAAAGACACCUGCCAUUGAAUUGAUUCCAACUCAUAGUGACCCUAUAGGACAGAGAACUGCCCCACAGGGUUUCCAAGGAGCAGCUGGUGGAUUCAAACGGCUGAUCUUUUGGUUAGUAGCCAAGCCAUUAACCACUGUACCUCCAGGCUCUGCCCCUAAUAUAGUCACUUUCAAAUGGCCUUUGCUUUCUUCCUCUUAUAGCUCUGUACCAUUUGAUAAUAUUAAUCAGCUCCUGUUGCUUGAAAUUCUUGUCCUUGGCUUUUGCAAGAUUGCAGUCUGAUAUCCUAAUUAUAUGCUGACAGCUCCAUUUCUGUUUACUUAUCUGACUCCUCUUCCUCAUCUCCCAUUGUUGCUGUUUCUUAGCACCUUCUUUCAGGGCAAACUAUCUUGAUUUCCACAAUCUCUUCUGGGCCUUUGGCUCCCAAACCUGUAUGUCAGUCUCCCCCAACCUUGCUUGAGCUUCAGCCUGUCCUGCUAGCCCCCCACAUUCAACAAAACAAAGAGCAAAUUUGUCAUCUCUUCUUCCCUUCCAAAACGAGCAUUUCCUCCUAACUUACUCUUAUGCUUUAAUGACCACACUUAGGAUUGUUCCCCCAGAAUCAACACUGACCUCUUCCUUUUCCUCAAACUAGAUUCGAGACACUUCAAACAUAACCCCAGCCCACCUUUCCAGCUGUCCCUCUCCCCACUUCCGUUCCCCAAUCCUACCUUCUCAAAUCUACUACUUGUUUUCCAUCAAAUUCCACAAAGUCACCGUAUCUGAGACUGCUUAAGCUUGUUUCUCUGCCUCAAAUACCCUUCCCUUUCCUUUAUCUGUUGCAGUCCUACCCAUUCUUUAAGGCCUAGCUUCAGUGCCCUCAUGAAACCUUUCUACAGCUCAACAGCCAUGUAUGAUUCCUCCUUCCUCUGAAGUCUUAUACUGGGGUCUGUUAUUGUGGACCAGCAUAUGCCAGGCACUGAACUAGGCACUAUACAUCCAGCAUCUCAUUUCACCCUCUACAACCCUGCCUGUGAGGCAUACAUUUAUUAUCCCCAUUUUGUAGACGAGAAAACAGAUUCAAGGCUGUAUAACAUGAAACUUUUGUCCUUGGUUUAUAUGAGAUUGCACUCUUUCAUAGUCUAAUUAUGUGCUGACAUCUCCAUUUCAGUUUGUUUUUCUGGCUGCUAGUUUGUUCCUUAUCUCCUUCUUGCUGAAGUACCAAAGCUCAGAAUUGAAGCUAAGUUCGCCUGUCACUAUGAGUGAGAAUCAACUUGAAGUCAGCGAGUUUGGUCUGGUUUUGGCAACCACCUUCAAAUAUUGCUUGAAGAACUUGCAGUGUUGGUGCCCUGAGGGCCUUUGAUCUUCAGGAUGUCAAGGACUGCAGAUGAAUCAUAGUAAACAGAGCCCUGUGGAAGCUCAUUGAGUGAGAGUCGGAUGGAAAGUGGAUAAACAGAGAAAAGCACACAUUUAUGAAAAAAAAUUGUAGGAACUAAAAAAUCAAUUCUGUGCAUGAAAGGAAGAUUUGGAACCAGUUUCCAGCCCAAAUUUAGUUUACUUUUAAAACAACUCAGAAGAUGGGGGAGGAACAGCCCCUUGCUCCUGCUUGUGUUUAUAACAGGAGAGCUAUUCUCAGGCAGCAAGAGCCCCGUACAGCUGCUAGCCCCUUCUAGAUUAGCCCUCCCCUCACGUCUACAUACAUAUAUCUCAGCUGUUGGUUCAGUGUGCUCAUGAAGCAGAUGGGGGUGUAGGAUUUUUCCCGUUUUACAGGUGAAGAAACUGAGACUCAGAGGCAGCAUAGUUUAGAAGUUAAGAGCAGAGACUCUAGAGUCAGACAGUGCCCGCGUUUCAAUCCUGUUUUCAACAUUUACUAAAUGUUGACCUUGGCAAAUUAUUUAACCUCUCUGAGCUUCAGUUUCCUCAUCUAUAAAAUAGGAAUAAUAAUAGUGUCUACUCAAAGGACUGGAGCCCUGGCAGCAUAGUGGUUAAGUGCUAUGGCUAUUAACCAAAAGGCCAACAGUUUGAAUCCGCCAGCUGCUCCUUGGAAAUCCUAUGGAGCAGUUCUCCUCCGUCCUAGGGUCGUUAUGAGUCGGAAUCAACUUCACAGCAACGGGUUUGGUUUGGUUUUGGUUUUGCUCAAAGCACUUCUGUGACGAUAAUGAGUUGAUGUGUGUAAAGUGCUUAGAAUAGUGGCUGGCAUUAUUAUUAAGUGCAUUAUUAUUAGUAAGUGCUAUAUAUCAGGCAAUACCAUUAUUAUCAUAAUUAUACCUUUAGUAAGUAGUAGAGCAAGGUUUUAAACCAAAUCUUCUUUUUCUACUCUCCCCUUCUAUGGGGUUAUGUUAGGGAAAAAACUGCUGGUCCAGGAGGCUGGAGAUCUGGUGACAUUAGGCAAGUUACUCUUGUUGUAUAUCUGAUCUAUAAAAUGGGGUCUUGGGGGUGACACUCUUUGAAGUACUGCCUAGCUCUAAAAGUCAUUGAUUCCAGGUUGGCCCUGGAAACAGGAUUGCCAGUGGGUUAGUUGGUUUGUGACUGCGCAUUCCUGAAUUGAUUCUGUCUAGGGUGUGUGUUUCUAGAGGUUGGCCCUGUGACCUGAGUGCCCAAGCAGGCCAUCUGGAAUGAAUAGAGCUGAUCACUGGAGAUUCCAUCGUUAGUGCUGAGGCAGUAUGGGAUCACGUCACCAUGGCCAACCGGGAGUUGGCAUUUAAGGCUGGCGACGUCAUCAAAGUCUUGGAUGCUUCCAACAAGGAUUGGUGGUGGGGCCAGAUCGACGAUGAGGAGGGAUGGUUUCCUGCCAGCUUUGUGAGGCUCUGGGUGAACCAAGAGGAUGGGGUAGAGGAAGUGCCCAGUGAUGUGCAGAAUGGGCACCUGGACCCCAACUCAGAUUGCCUCUGUCUGGGUCGGCCACUACAGAACCGGGACCAGAUGCGGGCCAAUGUCAUCAAUGAGAUCAUGAGCACUGAACGUCACUACAUCAAGCAUCUCAAAGACAUUUGCGAGGGCUACCUGAAACAGUGUCGAAAGAGGAGAGACAUGUUCAGCGAUGAGCAAUUGAAGGUGAUCUUUGGGAACAUUGAAGAUAUCUACAGGUUUCAGAUGGGCUUCGUGAGAGACCUGGAGAAGCAGUACAACAAUGAUGACCCCCAUCUCAGCGAGAUAGGACCCUGCUUCCUGGAGCACCAAGAUGGAUUCUGGAUAUACUCUGAGUACUGUAAUAACCACCUGGAUGCCUGCAUGGAGCUUUCCAAGCUGAUGAAAGACAGCCGUUACCAGCACUUCUUUGAGGCCUGUCGUCUCUUGCAACAGAUGAUCGACAUUGCUAUUGAUGGCUUCCUGUUGACUCCAGUGCAGAAGAUCUGCAAGUAUCCCUUACAGCUGGCUGAGCUUCUCAAGUAUACUGCCCAGGACCACAGUGACUACAGGUAUGUGGCAGCUGCUCUGGCUGUCAUGAGAAAUGUGACUCAGCAGAUCAACGAGCGCAAGCGACGUUUGGAGAAUAUCGACAAGAUUGCCCAGUGGCAAGCCUCCGUCCUUGACUGGGAGGGUGAGGACAUCCUAGACAGGAGCUCGGAGCUGAUCUACACUGGAGAGAUGGCCUGGAUCUACCAGCCCUACGGCCGCAACCAACAGCGGGUCUUCUUCCUGUUUGACCAUCAGAUGGUCCUCUGCAAGAAGGACCUGAUCCGGAGAGACAUCCUGUACUACAAAGGACGUAUUGACAUGGAUAAAUAUGAAGUGGUUGACAUUGAAGAUGGUAGAGAUGAUGACUUCAAUGUCAGCAUGAAGAAUGCCUUCAAACUUCACAACAAGGAGACUGAAGAGAUACAUCUGUUCUUUGCCAAGAAGCUGGAGGAGAAGAUUCGCUGGCUCAGGGCUUUCAGAGAAGAGCGGAAAAUGGUGCAGGAAGAUGAAAAAAUUGGCUUUGAAAUUUCUGAAAACCAGAAGAAGCAGGCUGCAAUGACUGUGAGAAAAGUCUCUAAACAAAAAGGUGUCAACUCUGCCCGCUCAGUUCCUCCUUCCUACCCACCACCGCAGGACCCGUUAAACCAGGGCCAGUACCUGGUCCCCGAUGGCAUCGUUCAGUCGCAGGUCUUCGAAUUCGCCGAACCCAAGCGCAGUCAGUCACCGUUCUGGCAAAACUUCAGCAGGUUAACCCCCUUCAAAAAAUAAUACCUAGAUGGAGGCAGAUAAUUUUAAAAUAAAGAAAUAAAGUAAAUAAAAUUAUAUUUAUAGAUGGACCUUUUUUCGGAGAAGCACUAUUAAAAUUUAUAUAUAUGUGUGUGUGUAUACAUAUAUAUACACACACACAAACACACAGACCCUUGAGUGUAUGUAUGUGUAUAUAUUAAUACACACGCACACGCACGUGCGCACACACACACACACAUACACACACACAUAGAAGGACCAAAAACGUUUUCUGUUGUUUUUGGGAAGUGAAGUCUGUAGUUGGUAGAAAGAGGUACCAACGACUUCCAAACAUGUUAUCCCUUCUUAAAAGUUUUCAGUUCUUACCCUGUCCCCUUCCCCUUUUCUUUCAGAAAUUGACAUUUCUAAUUGUUCCUUUUCUUGUUGAAAUAAUCUAUUUGCUCUCCUGUGAGUGAUUCAUUGACCUGUCAUUUAUUACCAUAGAUGUGUUUGUAUUGGUUUUUCUUUCCUGACGAUACUGAUGCUGAUGACUUUAAUUUAAUAUGGUAGAGUUUGGAGGGUUGGGAUUUUUUUUUCCCUCUUUCACUUUUCACUGGGGGAGGGAGGAUCCCUGUUUUCCUCUCCCUCAGCCAACCAUCUGCAAAUGUUCCUGCAGCCCUGCAGUUGCCCCCAACAGCCUUUUCCCAGCAUCCUCUGUCCUAAGUCA